AUGGGCAAAUCUGGUGCGGGAAAGACCUCGAUGAGAUCGAUCAUUUUUGCAUCUUACGUCGCAGAUGAUGUAUACAGACUUGGAAUGACGAUGGAUAUUGAGCACGCUCACGUUAGGAUGCUCGGCAACCUGGUUGUGAAUUUGUGGGAUUGUGGAGGACAGGAUUCCUUCAUGGACAGUUAUUUUAUGUUCCAAAAAGAACAGAUCUUCAAAGGAUGCGAGGUUCUCAUCUAUGUCAUCGACGUAAAAUCAGAGCGACCAGAAGCAGAUCUUCAAGGAUACAGAGACUGCCUUGCCGCGAUCGCAGAUUACUCGGCAGGAGCAAAGAUAUUCGUCCUCGUUCAUAAAAUGGAUUUACUCCAUGACCACGAGAAGAACACUGUCUUUGAGGCGAAGAAAAAAGAGCUUGAAGAGAUUGCGCAUACGAAUAGAUUAACCGUGGACAUUGCAAAAACGUCGAUUUGGGACAAGACUUUAUACAGCGCGUGGUCAAAGAUUGUGACUCAGUUGAUCCCGAAAAAAGAGAAGUUCCAAACGGAGCUGCAGAAUUUGGCCGAACAAUCUGGUGCGAACGAAGUGCUGUUGUUCGAAAAAGCUACGAUGUUGAACAUUUGCUACAUCAAAAACGAUGCUAAUGGUCACAAAACUGAGGACGACGAAGAUAUCAUUGCGGAGCGCAUGGAAGGUUUGAGCCAUUAUUUGAAGAAUUUCAAGCUGAUAUGUUGGCGAAAGGCGACAAAUUUCGAGUCUCUUGAAAUAAGAACGAGCACGUUCUCGGCUAUCAUGCAGAUUUUUACCGACUACACUUGUAUAAUGCUAGUUUCGUUCAAUCCUGAUAUCCCAAUGUGGAACUGGCGAAAGGCGAUCGACCGAAUUCGUCCGAAAUUUCAAAAGCUCGACCAAAAGAACAGAAGAGCGCAGCAGUAUUGA